AUGUCGAGCGCACCCUUGCCUGCGUCUGGCACACCAGAGGUGUCGCAGCUGCCCAUCCUGGCCUCCGACGAUAAGCCUGGUUCGAUCUCUUCGGCCAACGACGAAAAGGCCGACGAGAAGGCCUCGACGCCCACUUCUGAAAAGGUCUCGACACCCACCUCUGUGCCGCUCGACAGUGCUGGCGAGCCAGUGGAGCCUCACCAAGGGGAGAAAGUGAUUCGCAAUGGGCGCGAUGUAUCCGACUACCUCAUCAGCGACCGCGACGAUGGGGAUGCAUGCUUCACCUUCCGCAGCGUCACGCUCGGUCUGGUUGGCGCUGCGUUCCAGGCUGUCCUUACGCAGAUCUAUCGGUUCAAGCCCACCGAGGUGACGAUCUCGGGCACCUUCCUCGCCAUCAUCAUCUACAUUCUCGGCACUGCCUGGGCGCGCAUCCUGCCCACACGCAAGAGCCUCACCGCGCGAUUUGGCAGCCGUCUUCCCGAAUGGGUCUUGGCAACGGUGCACUUUGUCAACCCAGGCAAGUUUGGGCUCAAGGAGCAUGCGAUCGCCUCCAUCACCGCAUCUAGCGCCUCGAACGGUGCGCACUCGAGCGACGUGUUUGGCACGCAGAAGCUCUUCUACCCGGACAUUCCGGUGACUACCACCACCGCCGUGCUCUCGGUGCUCUCGAUUGGCCUGUUCGGAUACGGUCUCGCCGGUAUCUUUCGGCCAUUCUCCGUGUAUCCAGCCGAGAUGGUGUACUGGUCCACGCUGCCGCUCGUCGAUCUGUUCCAGGCGUUUCACUGGGACGAGUCCUUCUCCGCACGCCGCACCAAGGCGUUCUGGUGGAGUUUCGGCGGCAUGGGGCUGUACGAGAUCCUGCCAUCGUACAUCUUCCCCACGCUCAACUCGAUCUCCAUCCCUUGCUUCGCCAGCAUGCACGCACCCAAGCGCAUCCAGCAAACGCUGACCAACAUCUUUGGUGGUGCGCAGAGCAACGAAGGCAUGGGGCUGCUGUCGAUCAGCCUCGACUGGCAGUACAUCACCUCGUCGCAGAUGUCGCUGCCUUUGAUCCAGCAGGCGAAUUCGUGGAUCGGCUAUGCGGUGUGCUACAUUGCCAUGGCGGGGAUCUACUACGGCGACGUGUGGGGCGCAAAGUCGUUUCCCUUCAUGUCGACGAGCAUCUUUUCCGACUCGGGACACAAGUACAACCAGACGGCGGUGUUUGUGGAUGGCAUUCUGGACAAGGCCAAGCUGGAGGCGGUUGGGUAUCCGAAUGUGACGGGCACGUAUGCGUGGGGGAUGCUGAUGCGCAAUGCGGCCAUCGGCGCGCUCGUCACGCACGUCGUGCUCUUCUGGGGCAAGGAUGUGCUUCGCAAUCUGCGCGACGCUCGCAACAAGACCCAACCGGACCGCCACUGGAAGGCCAUGCAAAAGUACCCCGAGGCGCCGCACUGGUGGUACUUGGUGCUGUUGGUCAUCUCCUUCGUCUUUGGUUUGAUCGUGGUGCUUACCCAGCAUACGACGCUUCCGUGGUACAGCUACAUCGUCUCGCUCGUCCUUGGUGCUGUGGUGGCUCCCUUCUCCGCCGUGCUGUAUGCGAUCCUGGGUAACGGAAUCAGCACCAACAACCUCACCAAGAUGAUCGGCGGCGUUGUCAGCCCUGGCCGUCCUCUGGCGAACCUCUACUUCUACGCCUGGUCGCACAGCACGAUUGCGCAAGUCAUCAACCUGUCGAACGACUUAAAAAUGGGUCAAUACUUAAAAAUUCCUCCGAGGGUGAUGUUCGUCACCCAGGUCGGAGGAACGGUGUUCGGGGCGUUCCUCAACUAUGCGAUUGCAUCGACGAUCAUCAAGUCCAAGUUCGAGCUGCUGCUGACGAAUACGGGCAGCUACGUGUGGUCGGGUGCGUACUACCAGUCGCUCAACGUGAGCGCGGUGACGUGGUCGAUGGCCAAGUACAUGUACGGACCGGGCACGCCGUAUUUCAUCAUCCCCAUGGCGGUGCUGAUCGGCAUUGCGGCCGUGAUUGUGCACUACGGCUUCACCCUCGUCGUGCCGCAGAUCGGCAGCUUCAAGACGCGAGACCUGGUUCUACCCACCGUGUUUCUGUACUCGGCCUGGAUGACCGCCGGACAGAACUGCGUCAUCCUGACGACGAUCGCAGUGGGUGUCGUGUCGCAGGCGGUCCUGCGUACCCGCUAUCCCAAGUGGUUCAAGGAGUUCAACUAUAUUGUCGGAGCCGGCUUCGACGGCGGCUCGCUGCUCGUCAUCUUUAUCCUCAGCUUUGCCGUGUUUGGCGCGGCGGGCACCGAGCAUCCGUUCCCAACAUGGGCGGGCAACCCGGCAGGAUUCCCCGACUACUGCCCCGACCCCUCCUCUUCGUAG